AGGGGAGGAGGGCAGACCACGCAACACCGACCACUUGGAACAGGGUUAAAUUGACCCUGGUCUGCCACCUGGUGUGGAGGCCUUGCUGGGUGGGCGGAAAACAUGAUGAGCGGGAAGAGCCUGCUCCUGAAGGUGAUCCUGCUGGGGGACGGUGGAGUGGGCAAGUCCUCCCUUAUGAACCGCUAUGUCACAGACCGCUUUGACUCCCAGUCCUUCCACACCAUUGGUGUGGAGUUCCUCAACCGGGAUCUGGAGGUUGACGGACGUCUGGUCACCCUUCAGAUCUGGGACACAGCGGGCCAGGAGCGCUUCAAGUCCCUGCGAACACCCUUCUACCGAGGCGCCGACUGCUGCUUGCUCACAUUUGCUGUGAACGACCUGCAGAGCUUCCAGAACCUCGGCUGCUGGAAGAAGGAGUUCAUGUACUACUCAGACGUUAAAGACCCUGAGCGGUUCCCUUUUGUGGUGCUCGGCAAUAAGGUAGACGUGGAGCAGAGGGAGGUGGGGGAGGAUGAAGCACGGGCCUGGUGUGAAGAGAACGGUUGCUGUCCUUACUUUGAGACCAGUGCGAAGGAUGACACUAAUGUCACAGCUGCAUUUGAGGCAGCUGUCAGAGAGGUUCUGGCUGCUGAGGACCAGAUUGACCAUGCGCUACUGAGUAGUACUAUAGAUCUCCAUGGCAACCGCAAAACCUCUCGUGCGUCUUGCUGCUGAUUGGUUAGGUGUGACUCCACCUUGUCUUAAUCUCUCUGGCUGAAACUCCCCUAUGUUAGUUUUAAGAGCCAGUGAGAUAUUGUUUAUGGUACACAUACUGUAGGUACAAGGUACUGAGUACAGUAUCCACUAAAGAUAAUAUGGAUAAGAUACAGCUGCUCUGAGGACAGUCGUGUCAAGGAUUCAGCCGGUGUCAAGAUAGUUGAAUUAUUGCUCAAAGGUACAGGCACACUGUAACAGGCACACUCAUCCUUUGUACCCCGUCUGCUUUCACUAGUGUUGCACAAAAACGUUUUUACCUAGCUUCAGCUUUCUCUGCCUAUGCAGGAGUUGUAUCAGAUAGUGCUUUCAGAGCAUUUAUUUUCAUUAAAAUCAUCAAAAUGAUAGUUAAUUCAGUGGACGAGAGAGUAUACCAGGUCUCUCUUAAAGAGCACACUCUAUCUUUGGCACAGCAACAUUCAGUCGGUCUUGUGACUGCUCAACAGCCUGUCCAUGAGCUGACUUUCCUUGGUUUUAGAGGGACUUUGAAAUAAAACAUCAUGUUUUCAUGUUAUCUGAUCUCUCAGCAGAAUUGGGAAGCUAAUGUAUUUUCUGGACACAGACAAUGUCUGUGACUGACAGUGUUCCCAAUCCAGGCAGUUUUUACGCAUGAAAACUCCCAACAUCAGUAUAAUGACAAGUACGAUUUGAGGUACGAGGACCUUAAAUGAUUGCUGCACUCAGAGGGAAGAUGGCCUUGUUUGUCUUCAAUGGGAAGGGAACUGUAAGCUUUAAUUUUGCAGCUCUGACUGUAAGCAUUAGGUAUGAGCUAUUGUGGUGCCCUUAUUCAUUUUAAUUCUAGAUUUCUUACCACUGCGACUGUGUAGCUGGAGGUGUCAGGUGUACGAGUUAGGCAUUAUCCGAUCAUUUUUUUAUUUCCCAUGAUUUAUGUACAUGGGCCUGUUUACUAAGUACGGUUCAGUGUUUCUCGGGGUUCAAAAAUAAUACUGCUUUUGCUGCUGUUGUUGAUAAACUGCUGUUUAUUUUUCUGUGAAGCAUAUUUCCAUCCUCCAAUGUUUUUUUUUAUUUUUUACACACAUUGUGCGAUAUUCUGUUUGAUCAAGGGCUGAUAUAAGUCUGUUUUCAGAAUUAACACUUUUCACAGUUUUGGUGAGUUUGUAAUCUCAUACCUGCCUUGUUAAUUGCAUGGCAGGCCUUAACAUUCCUGUCCUUUAGCUUUGCCUAUUCUGGAGGUUUCCUGUGCUUUAUGAUACAUUCAACCCGUGCUGUCUAUCUGGUUGUUCUUGCUGAAUGUGAACUAGCCUAAGCACAAGGAUAAGGCCAUAACUGUGUGCACUGUGCAUCACCUCUUCUGUCCAUUUAUACAGUAUUAAGUGAACCAUUCAACUGGGUAUUCAGACAAUUUAACAAUGUUUACUUGUUUUCAGCUGGACGGUACUUUUAUUUGAAUGCUUUUACAUACAGGCUCCUUUUGGUUUUACUGCUGCUGGCCAGAGGGCAAUGCUUCAUACUAUGACUAACAUGGUCUAAAUUCACUCUCAUCAGUGUUUUUGAUUGCUGCUGGAAUAAUAUUUUAUAUUGCGUCUACUAUUGCAUGAAUAAGAUGUUUUCAUCUUCUGAGUGCACCUGGGUUCUUAAUAUGGUGCAUGUUUUCAUACCCUUUUUUUCCUGUUAUGUUGGCGAUCUUGUGUAUUCUCUCAGUGCAAGAUUUGCCUUUCAAGUCACAAAUUGCAUCAUAUUUCAGUGUGUGUGCAAAAUAUUGGUGAAGUUCUUCACUGUGAAGGUGAACCGAAUCCAGUCAGGUACAGUCAUAUUUACUUAUUACAUGGUCCUUUGGUUUAAUGUAGGCUUAUAUAAUAAUUAUUGUAAAGGUGUGUUGAGUAUGGAUACUCACAGUAGUAUGAGGUGAACUUAAACUGUGAACUGAGUUGGGCAUUUUAAUGAAAUCAAGCUGUUGGCCUACAUUAUUUCAAAGCAAAAAUGAGGGCUGUGAGCUUAUCAUUUGUCAGUGUUAAUGUUUUCUGGAUGAAACAGAAUACUUUGUCUCUUUACCAUUUCAGUUUUUAUCCCGUUCAGAUAAUGUAGCCUACCACAGUGUUUACCUGAAACUUACCUGAGAAUCAGUGGGUAGCAAAACCAUACAAUAUGUUUAUCUCAUGUCUUACAUCACUGCAACCCUGUCUCAUGUCAGUAUUUUUUAAUGCUCCUGUAAUAUUUAUGAAUGUAAAAACUUAUUUCUGGGCUGUCUAUAUUAAUGGCUUAUGUAAAUUGCAAAGGGCAUUCAUUUCAUAAUAAUGUACAAAAUGACACUGAACGUCUGUCUCAUCCUCAGUGCUCAACCCAUGAAUAUGAUUUAAGCUGUGUGAAAGUUAAGUCUAUUCAUCUUGAUUAUGUGUUGAUCUAAUGGAAAACUUCCCUGAACUCCUCUUUUUGCACUACGGAGGAUAAGAGUUGGUUGUGCCAACAUGCUGGCAAAGCGGUGAAUACUCUCCAGUGCUUGGCUACAAAUAAAACAUGCAACAUACCAAAUGGA